AUGUCCGACCCCCGUUUCGCAAGACUCAAGUCAGAUCCCCGCUUCCGCCGUCCCAAAACCAAGAACAACAAAGUUGUCAUCGACGAGCGGUUCAAGAGCGUUUUCGAAAAGGACAAGAAAAAGCCCGCAGGUCGCAAAGUCGACAAGUACGGGCGGCCCAUCUCUGAUACGCAAGAUCAGGACGACCUGAAACGGUUCUACCGCCUCGAACGUGAUGCUGAACAACACGAAGAUGCCGAGAGCGCACCAAGAAAACCUGAUUUGGCACGCGGAGAGGUUCUCCUGGAGUCUUCAGACGAAGAGGACGAGGAGGGAAAGGCAGAGGAAAAGGAUUCGGACGAGGAGGAGGAUGAUGGAUUCGUUACGCUAGGCAGAGACUCUUCGCGGCCUAUAGCCGUCCCAAACGACGACGAAGAAGAAGACGCAGAGAUCGACCUCGACGAGGACACGUUCGCAGACCUCGAAGCGCAAGCCGCAAAUUACGCCAAAGCGCACCAGGACGAAGACGAGAACGAAGACGCAGGCGGGCAAAGGUCGCGCCGACUGGCGAUAGUCAACCUCGACUGGGACCACGUCCGCGCGAGCCACCUGUACAAAAUCUGCGCGUCCCUCGUCUCGCCCACCGCACCCGUCGUCCGCGCGUCCGCCGCCAAGGUGCCGGAGAGGACGAAAGACCGCAAGGGCAAGCGAGGCGAGGGCCCUGCGCAGGUCAACGUCGUCCGCGGCAAGGUCCUCAGUGUCCGUGUGUACCCCAGCGAAUUUGGAAAAGAGCGGAUGGCGCGCGAGGAGACAGAGGGCCCGCCACCUGAGAUUUUCAAAAAGAAGGAUCUGGACGUUGAUGAAAUCAAUGAAAAGACCGUGUUUGAAGUUGGAGGCGAGGAUGAGUAUGACGAGGAUGCGUUGCGAAAGUAUCAGCUUGAAAGGCUACGAUAUUAUUAUGCUGUGGUGACAUGCGACACUGUGGACGCUGCGUCGCAUAUUUACAACGAGCUCGAAGGGACUGAGCUGGAACGUUCUGCAAACGUUUUUGAUAUGAGCUUUGUACCCGACGACAUGACUUUUGAAAAUGAACCCCGAGAUGAAGCCACGGACGAACUCAACACUACAUAUAAAGCCGUCGAAUUCGUCACAGAUGCUCUACGGCACUCCAAAGUCAAGCUCACAUGGGACGAGGACGAUCCGGAGCGCACCCAGAUCACCCGCCGAGCACUAACACGUAAAGAGAUAGAAGAAUCAGAUUUCAGAGCGUACAUCGCCAACACCUCGUCCGAAUCAGAAGGUGAAGACGCAGCAACAGCUCCCAAGAAGAAGAAGAAGGACAAGAAGGCUUCGAGAGAUAAGCUGCGCGCACUCCUUUUGGGGGGCAACGAUGAGGCCAUGCCUGAAGGGUGGGGCGACGAUGCGAAGGAUGAUGUCGAUAUGGAAAUUACCUUUACUCCAGGGCUGACUGAAAAGAAGGAUGAGGAAAACGAGACUUCGUUGGAGAAAUACCAGCGCAAAAUGAGAGAGAAAAGGAAAAAGAGGAAGGAGGAGCUCAAGGAAGCCAAACCAAAGGAAAAGGAGAAAGAAAAGGUGUUGGAUGAUGAAUUCUUUGAGCCAGAUAGUGACCAAGACAAGCCCGCUCCGAAAACGAAAAAAGGCAAAACGAAGCCUGCUCAAAAUGAAGAGGCAUCUUCAAAACAGGAAGCAACUGCAGAGGAACUGGCGCUACUGGUUGCAUCAGAUAAUCCCAACGCCGAGCCCAAACAUUUCAACCUCAAAUCCGUCAUCAAAUCCGAGAAGCAGAAAAAGAGGCGGAAAGGACGAAAGGGCAAAUUAGAAGAUGACGCCGAAGCGCAGGAAGAUUUCACCGUCGAUGUCAAGGAUGAGCGGUUCAAGGCUCUUUUCGAGGAUCAUAAAUUUGCCAUUGAUCCCAGUAACCCUCACUUUAAAAAGACCAAGGCCAUGUCCGCACUGCUUGAUGAGCGACAACGACGGCAAAGAGAAUUGUGGGGAGAUCGUGAUGAGAGUAUCCCCAUUCCAAAGAAAGACCUUCCCGACCAAGGCAGCAAAAGUCUUCAAAACCUGGUGGAGAGCGUCAAGCGGAAGAGCGCGGCAAUUGAUGCACCAGGACAAGGUAAACGACGAAAAUUGUAG